UCAGUCGCGAUUGACGCGCUUCAACGUUGUAGGCGAGAGAAAAGGACAUAAAGUUCCGCACGACGAUGUUUUCCACCUGCGUCAGGACAUUACGGGCUACUAGCAAAUUUGGCUCGUUGGCACGUUACGAGUCUACUCUAGUCAUCGCAGAACACAACAAUGCAAAUCUGCUGCCACUUACCUGUAACACAUUGACAGCUGCCAAGAAGAUUGGCGGCGACAUCACCGUACUGGUGGCUGGUACAAAGUGUGAAGCUGUUGCACAAGAUGCAUGCAAAGCCAAAGGUGUAUCAAAAGUUCUCCUUGCGGACAGCGAUGCAUUUAAGGGAUUUACUGCGGAAUCAUUGACACCACUCAUAUUGAAGCUGUGUGGCGAGCACAAGUUUACACAUAUACUGGCUGGUGCAAGCGCAUUUGGCAAAGCAUUGCUCCCCAGGGUUGCCGCAAAAUUAGAUGUAUCGCCUGUAAGCGACAUUAUCGACAUAAAAGCUGCAGACACCUUCGUACGCACUAUAUAUGCUGGUAAUGCCAUUCAGACGCUCAAGUCUAAGGACAAUGUGAAGGUUGUAUCCGUGAGAGGCACCUCCUUCGACCUGCUGCCUCUGGAAGGUGGGGAUGCCAAAUGCGAGAGUGUUCCCACGGGUGAUUACACCGCGAAUCAAGUAGAAUUUAUCAAGCAAGAACUUAGCAAAUCCGACAGGCCGGAAUUGACAGCCGCUAAAGUUGUGAUUUCUGGCGGACGUGGUAUGAAAUCUGGAGAGAACUUCCAAUUACUGUAUACGUUGGCAGACAAGCUCAAUGCGGCGGUGGGAGCGUCUCGCGCCGCGGUUGACGCCGGCUUCGUGCCAAACGAUCUGCAAGUAGGGCAAACUGGAAAAAUUGUUGCACCUAAUUUGUACAUAGCAGUUGGAAUUUCGGGAGCAAUUCAGCAUCUUGCUGGUAUGAAGGAUUCUAAGACGAUCGUGGCUAUUAACAAGGAUCCAGAGGCUCCCAUUUUUCAAGUGGCAGAUUAUGGAUUAGUUGCAGACUUAUUUAAGGUCGUACCCGAGCUAACAGAAAAAUUGUAAAUUACAAACAAUUGUGUAAAAAACAUGUAUUUCAGAUAAUUAUUUUUGUUAUUACAUAUUGUAUUAUACAGGAAUAUACUAGAUUAAAAUUUUUAUGACAGUUUUAAUAAAAAUUAAUUAUUG